AUGGAUCUAAGAGCAAGAUCGGAUAGGACUCAAAUCACCUCUCUUCUGUGUAGAAACACUAUGUUUAGGUUGCCUAUAGUAUUGAUGGUACUGCAAAAGUUAUGUUUUAUUACCCUUAACCGACUUCUAUUCCAUCUCGUCGAGCACUAUACUUUUCGAAAAUUGAUAUCCAGAGCCCGAGCUAGCCUAAGCGAGCCAAAGAUACCCUCUACCGAUACUUUUCGUCGACAAUUAAGGAGCCAGGUCAGGGAACGACAACAAUCUAUCCUCAAAAUGCUUCUAGAAAAUUCAAAAAUAUCAAUUGCACUAGAUUGUUGGACAUCUCCAUUUAGACAAGCAUUUAUAGCUAUUACUAGCUAUUUCAUUGAUAUAGAUUAG